AUGACAUCUAUUUCACCCGUUCAACUACCAAAUGAGUCACAGUGGCGAUCUGAACGAUCUGAUAGAUCCGAAUCACGAGCAUCUAGCCGAUAUGUGCCACUUGAUCAUAGUGGUACUAUACAUAAUACAUUGAACACAAUGGUUGAUAGUGUGAAUGCAACAACAGAAUUGAUCCAACGGAAGCAAAAUGAAUAUGUAUGA